GCGCGUCCGCGUCUCCUGGUCGGCCAUUUUGACUUGAGAAAUAAUGUCAAAAUCUUUUUCUGCUCACAGUUUAAAGCGCUGAAGGGGCCAGUGCUGAAGCGGGGCUGCUGGAGGAGGGAGGAUAUCGGGGGUCUGUGGAUGCAGGACGAUGCAUCGCCAAUUAAACGUCACAUUUCCCCUCUGACAGCCUACAGAGCGGCUCUUCUCAUAGAUUGCUGUUUAUCUGGCAUCCCCAAGUGUCACUGGUGCAUGUGUUGUAAUGUGAGGCAGGCUUGCGGAUGGAUGGGUUAUAUGACCACUGACCACUCAGUCUAGUAAACCAAUGUGUGUAAACUGGUCUCUGCAGCCCAACUAAGGACACACACCAUCCGACCGAAGUCUUUCUCUCUCUCUCUAGUUCGUCUGUAAGCUGCAGUCAUGUUCUGGAAGUUUGACCUGCACAACUCCUCUCAGAUUGAGAAGCUCUUGGAGAAGGAGGACGUGACCCUACAGGAGCUGCUGGAUGAAGAAGAUGUGCUGCAGGAGUGCAAGGCCCAGAAUCAGCGCCUCCUCCUCUUCCUCACUCGGGACAGCAGCAUGCUGGAGCUCCUCAGCCUCAUCACGCACGAGCCCCCUGCUGACCGGGAGGAGAAACUGCGUUACAAGUAUGCUAAUGUAGCAUGUGAGUUGUUAACAUGCGACGUGUCACCCAUCAACGAUAAAGUUGGUGGAGACGAGUCUCUGAUGAACAAACUCUAUAGUUUCCUAGAGCAGAAGUCAGCACUGAAUCCUCUACUGGCUUCCUUCUUUAGCAAGGCCUUUGGCAACCUCAUCACCCGCAAGACAGAGCAGGUGAUUGGCUUCCUAAAGAGCAAGGAGGAUUUCUUAGGGCAGGUGUUGAAACACUUGGACACGUCGGCUAUGAUGGAUAUGGUGCUGCGUCUCAUUAGCAGCGUGGAGCCCGUCUGUCUCAGACAUGAAGUGCUUGCCUGGCUGAACGAAGAGAGGCUGAUCCAGAGACUAAUUGAGCUGAUACAUCCUCACAGCGACAGUGAGACGCAGUCGAACGCAUCUCAGGCGCUUUGUGAUAUCAUCCGUCUGAGCAGAGAUCAGGCCAGUCUGCUUCAGGAGACGUCAGAUACCGACCCUCUGCUAACAACACUGGAGCUACAGCAGAACGUUGAGGCCCUAUUGAAGAACAUGUUUGAAGGGGAAAAGAGUGAAGUGUGCAUUGUUAACGGAACUCAAGUUUUACUCGCACUGUUGGAAACUCGUAGACCAGGUGUUGAGCAGGUGAUUGACCCAUGCUCUCAGGGAUCGGAAAAGUCUUACACUGUAAACAACAGCAUUCUAAUGGGCAUCCAGCCACAUCUAAAGAACUUCCAACACCUUCUGUUAAACCCACCCAAGAAAUGUGUGAUGUUGACCACGAUGGGCGUUUUGGAGGAGCCGUUUGGCAACGCUCGACUGCAUGCAGCCAGACUGAUGGCUGCUCUUCUGUACACCAGAGCUCCCAGAAUCCACCUCGAGCUCUGCCAACUGAACAUGAUCAACCUGCUGCUGGAUUUGUUUUUUAAAUUCUCCUGGAAUAAUUUCCUACACAUCCAAGUAGAGCACUGCGUCUCUGCCAUCCUUAACCAGACGACACUGAAUGGAAAAACACACGACAGUCCAGAUCAGAUUCAGCUGGAAACACAAGAUACACAAAACUCAGACAAAUCUGACAUGUUCACACGCUGCGACGUGAUAAAGCAUCUGCUGAAGGACUGCAGGCUGGUUCAGAGGAUUUUGGAUGCUUGGGAGGAAAAUGACAAAAUACAGGAAGCUGGAGGCAUGAGAAAAGGUUAUAUGGGUCAUCUGACCAGGAUUGCCAACAUAGUGGUGCAGAAUGCAGAGAGAGAACAGGAACAGACCCAAAUCGCAGAGCUAAUAAAAGAGCUACCAGAGGACUAUAAAGCACAUUGGGAGCAGUUUGUGAAUGAAACGCUAACCGAAACUAACAAGAAGAACACAGCAGACUUGGUGUUCUCAGAUUAUCAGAUCCAGCAGAUGACGGCGAACUUUGUUGAUCAGUUUGGACUGAAUGAUGAUGAAUUCGGAGACCAUGACGGCAGCAUCAGCGCCACAUUUGAUCGAAUCACAGAGAUCAAAUUUAACCUAGUGGAUGAGGGGGCGAGCUCUGCCAUCUUCGAGACUCGCACGAAGGAGCGAAUCCGGCCAUUUGAUGACGCCGAGGAAGAGGAAGAUAUUUGGGAGGAUAAAGAAAUCAACUAUGCAACACAAGUGAAAGCCAGAAGCAGGUUCGGACUGGUGACAAACGCCCAGAAGAGCGAGGCGGACGGCGGCCCUCGCAGACGUCUGGGGUCACCCGACAUGGAGUGGUUUCCGGAGACCAAACAAUCUCAAGAAAACGCCAAGAACCAGGAAAUGGACAAGCAGUCCAGCGAUCUGCAAAGUCCUGGCUGGAUUGCGAGUUUUGAAGAUGACUUUAGCUGUCGGGAUUUCGCGAGUAUCGCCAUGGAUACGGGCUCCAGCGUGUGGGGGAGCUCUACCACUCAGCUCAGCGAGACGGAGGAGAAGGGAUGGGCCACCUUCACAGACUUCCAGCCCUUCUGCUGUUCAGAUGCAGGACCCAGAUGCAGUUCGCCCGUGGACUCGGAAAAUCCAAACAAACCCAGCCAAAAUGAAGAAAUUAAAGGCUCGUCAGCGUGUGUGUGGAGUGUGUGUGGGGCGAGGAAGGCUCCGCUGGUGGCGUCUGACAGCAGCUCCAGUGGGUCAGACAGCGAGGAAGAGGAGGACCGGACCAACAUCAUCACAGAGAGCGUCGCCACAGCCAAUGCCAGGGACGGCGUUAAACUCAGUGUAGACGCAAAAAAUGAGAAGGCAGUCUUCAUCAGAAAGAACAACAGUCUACAUAUAGUCCCAUCUGCUGAGGUCAAACCUUACCUGAAGGAUCACUUCCUGUCCAGACGCGUCACUGAUCUUGACCUCCUGACCCUCUCUGCCCUGCCACACGGCCUCGACCAGCAGGAGUGGAUAGCAACAAACACGGUGUCGUUUUUCCAGCACACAACCCUCUUCUUCAGCGCUCUGUCUGAUUGUUGCUCAAUGACCACGUGUCCGGCCAAGAACUCAGGAAACAUUAUUUAUGAAUGGACGGACGAUCAAGGGAAGAAACUGAAGUGUUCAGCUCCGAUAUACAUCGACUACGCCUUGUCCUACAUUCAGGAGAUACUCACAGAUGAGCGUGUGUUUCCCACCAAGGCUGGUUCAGCGUUCCCUUCUGGAUUCAUGUUCCUGAUUCAAAAGAUCUUUGCGAUGCUCUUCCGCACGCUGGCUCACCUGUUCAGCGUUCACUACCAGGAAGCCAUCGCCGUGGAGAUACACCCGCAUCUCAACACGCUCUUCACACACUUCAUCACCUUCAGCCACAUGUUCAGACUGCUGGAGCCUUCGGAGACGGCACCGAUCGACGAGCUCAUCGCCGUGCUCACACACUGACACGCAAACGCAGGGAAUAUACACGUGAGGGCUUCACAAAAGGGCACUGUGAGUCCUAAAAUUCACAAAUGGGGCGCUCUGUAGCUUUGGCACCUAAUGGGCGCGUGCAAGUGAAGACCACGAGACUGUAAGUCACAUCAAGUGCGCUAUUUAGGACAGUUCCUUUUCGUUGUUACAUGAAGAAUCCCUUUGAUCUUUUGACCCAGUAGAAUUAGAAUGUGUCAAUCAACUUCAGACCGAGCUCUGAUUGGACAUCGCGCAUGACCCCGCCUAUAUGUGUUUUUUCUGUGCCAACUGUGAACGUGGGCAAUUUUCUUCUGGCCAGUGGCCACACGGCCUGUCAACGACAUGCAAUUCUUAGGAAUCUGGGAGCACUGGGAGCUUUCAACUGUGCUUUGCGAAUCAUGCCGGCAUUCCCUCUUGGUGUGUUUGUCUGUCACAAUGAAUAGAAAAAACACCAUUUGGGAGGGCGGAAAAAUGCUUUACACUGUCAUUCAAAAGUUUGGGGUCACGAUAAAAUUACUACUAUGACUCAACAAGCAUGCAUUAAACUGAUCAAAAGUGAGUCAGUGAUGGUAAAUACAUUUAUAAUGUUGAAAAAGAUUUUUCAAGUAAAUGUACUUAUUCUAUUCAUCCAAAGGCCCUGAAAAAAAAAAAUCACAAUUUCCACAAACAUAUUAUUAUUAACGUUGAUAAUGUAACAUGGCUGCGAAAAUAUCAGGAAUAAAUUACAUUUUUAAAAUACAAAACAAAUACUAAAUUGUAAUAAUAUUUCAAAAAGUUACUGUUUUCAUAUAUUUCGAUCAAAUAAAUGCAGCUGUGGUGGGCAUAAGACACUUAUUUCACAGACGUCGGAAAUCUUACCGACCCCAAACUGUUGAACUGUGUAUUUUUAGACGAAUCACAAACACCACGUCCCGUCCUGUUUGGAUGCGACGCGAUAAUACGACAAAAGAAACUAUAUUUACCUGUUUUCCCGAGGUUUCCGUCCAAACCCGUCUCGACUGUGGAAACCAUCGAUCACGUGGCUCCUCUUUCUGUAGCCCCGCCCAUUGCGAAAUCCCAUUGGACAAAAAUCCCGCUGCGCAAACUUGUAUGCUAAUCAAAACGUCCUGAUUGGGCAUCUUCGUCGUUUUAUUAAAGGACAGACACACGUGAUGAGGGAUGAAGUCACACCCGGUUCUGCGUAUUUAGGACGUCAUUUGAAAAAGGGAAUUAAAAUGCUGAGGUACUACAUUCAUGGGAAACUGUUAGGUAUCAUCCGCAAACGCAAUUUCACACACAUCGUUUUUCCGACUUGAACAUGAGCACAAUUAUUAAUUUACACAAAACACCUCUGGGAAGAUACUGCGAUAGAAGGUAGCCGUGAUAUACGGUCGAUAUGGGUUUAGUGUUUGUGCGUGUUCCUGAAAGACGGAAAGAGGAUAAAGAGAGAGAUCAGAUGUUUCUCCUCGAUCCCAAGCAUUCAUAAAUGAACAGCCCCGAGGAUAUUAGAAAUAUACACACGAAUACACACCGCGGAGAGCUGGUCUGACUGGUUCCCAAGAGGAAUUGGAUCCUUUUACACACACACACACACACACACACACACAACCAUUGUGUUGUGUCAGUGUAUUUAUUGCUUUUUUGUCGAAGAAACUGAAUUUUGGACGUUACAUUUGUCAAACACGCAUUAUAGUAUGUUAGUAUACUAUUGUACACCGUAUUAUACACUGUAUACUGCUUUUAAAAGAGACUAUGGCCUUCAGUAGCCCAUGCAAAAUGUAUCAAACAGCAGCUAAAAUUAGUUUUAGUUCAGCGAAAUGAUCUAAAGAGGAAAGCACAUGGCAUUGCAGGUGAAGACUGCAAGUGAAGAGUGCUCUGUUGUAUCCCAAGCAUUUAAAGUAGAAUAUCAUCCAUUCAUGCACAUAAAGGAGAUACACAUAUUAUACAGAGUACACAAACUAUACUAUUUAACACACUCCUGAAGGAACACACACACACACUCAAAGGUGUACUUUUUAGGGGACUAGUCUGAUAUGCUGUAGCAUACUGCUCUUACUAAAUAGUAUGCAAACUUGCAUAGUGCAUGGUAUCAUACUAUCAAGCCUAAAUUCUAUGGGAUAUUGUUAAUUUUCAAAACUAUUUAGGACAGAUAGGGUGUCAAAGCAUUAAGUGGACAUAAAUGUAUUGAUCCAGCAGGGGGAAGCAAAGGGAAACUGUCACUGAAAGAGACUUUCAUCAUCCUCCACAGGACCAACACACACUCCCUGAAAUCUGCUGAACACUAAUGUUAUGGAGAUUCGAUAAUUAAAGGACUAGACUCCAAAGGGCUGCAAGCGCUACAUUAUGAAACCUUGUGAAGCCGUGUUUGGAUAAGAAGUCGAAAUAAAGACCUUGACCAUUGAAACAUCUCAUAAGCGCACGGAUGUGAUUGGCUGAGUCAUCUUUCAGGGCACCUGCUGAUGGGCUGAGAUUGGAGGAGGGUCGUACAGUAAAGUACAGUAACUGUGCAAUAGACUAAUGUCUUGUUCGAUUAAAACAGUACAGUCAUUUCA